AUGUACUUUGCAAACUAUUUGUACCGAAGCAACUUGGCAAAUGCCUACGUCUCUGGGAUGAAGGAGGACCUGAACUUCCAUGGGAAUCAGUUCAAUCUCAUCAAUACCGUCUUUACUGUUGGUUAUGUGCUAAGCCAGGUCCCAUCUAACCUGGCUCUCUACCGCCUUAAAGCCACGGGACUUUCUGCCGGGCAUGAUGGUGGAUGGGGCGGCCUCACCAUGGCUACUGCGGGCGGUCGCAGCCGCAAGGAUUCAUGGCCAUCCGCUUCUUUCCUAGGCCUGGAGCGAGAGCUGGGGAAACGCUCUGGGAUCUUUACUGCGUCUGGUCUGGCAGGGACAAUGUUCGGUGGCUUCAUCCAGACUGGUAUCAAUUCAUCCUUACAUAUGAAGCAUGGCUUGCCAGGCUGGAGAUGGCUCUUUAUAGUUGAUGGGCUUGUCACCAUUCCCAUUGCUGUCUAUGGGUUUUUCCUCUUCCCAGACACCCCAAAAACGACUCGUGCGCCUUACCUCACGGCCGAGGACAGGGAAUUGGCUGUAGCCCGGCUGCCGUCAUCGACUCACGACGCCGAGCCUACGAAGCUCAACUUUGCCCUUGCCAAACGGGUUUUCUCGACCUGGCAUCUGUACGGCUUUGUGAUUCUCUGGAUAAUUGCAGGUGAGACAGAGUCCUUCUCGACGAACUCUCUGCUGGCCCUUUACAUGAAAUCACAUCCGACCAUCAAGUAUACCGUGGCGCAGAACAACAACUACCCGUCUGGCAUUCCUGCCGUCGGCAUCGUCUCAACCCUCAUCUGGGCGACACUCACGGACUUUCUCGGCGGGAAACGCUAUCUUGUGGGCUACUGGAUUGGUAUCACGGGCGUAGUCACCUCUGCCAUGAUCCUGGCGCCGGGCUCGUCGACGGCCACCAUCUUCGCAGCAUACUACUGGGCUGGCUCCGUCUAUGCCUGCCAGGCCACCUUUUUUGCCUGGGCCAACGACGUGAUGCGGUACAAGGACGACGCCUGGCGUAGCAUCGUCAUUGCAGGCAUGAACAUGGGUAGCAACAUUAUCAAUGCCUGGUGGAGCAUCGUCUUCUACCCAGCCAGUGAUGCCCCUUAUUUCAGGUCUGGCAUGUAUGCUAUGAUAGCGUGCUCCAUAGCCAUGGCGAUAUGGACGGGAUUUGUGACGUAUAUGUCCUGGCGAGAAGGGAAGCAGAGAGUCGACAGCGAACAGCCGGCGGAGAAAGAGGACAUCCGCAGCAAGGAGUGCUAA